AUGACAAUACUAGUACAAGAUCCUCAAAAAUACGAUGAUAGUUUCAUUAGUUAUCUUAUUAGUACUACGACUUUAGUGGAAACCUUUGGAUCAUCACACCCAAAACCUGUUCGACGUCGAUUUCAAGAUUUUGUUUGGUUAUAUAAUGCAUUGUCUCUUGAAUUCCCUGCCUGUAUCAUACCAAAUUUACCGGAAAAACAUAGAAUGAAAUAUUUCAAAGGGGAUAGAUUUGACAAGGACUUUAUUGAAAGAAGAAGAUUAGGUUUACAAUGGUUUUUAAAUCGAAUUGCAAGACAUCCUUUACUGCAAAAAUCACAAUGUACACGUGUAUUUUUGGAAUCUGGGGAUUUUGUGAAGAAACCUGAUGAUCGAUUUGUCAUGAUGAAAGAAUCUGUCAAUAAAUUUCAAGAUAAUCUAGAUAUUGUGGAACGACUCUAUUCUAGGAUUGGUAGACGACAACAAGACUUGGAACAAGAUUAUCUUGAUUUUUCUAAUAGUUUACGUGGACUCUCUGUUUUGGAACCUACAGUGGAAAGAAAAUUAAGACAAUUUGCUGAAACAAUGGAAAUGUACGCUAGAUGUAUAGCCAAUAUGACAAAACAAGAAGAUAUGGUAUAUUUGAAUAACAUUCAUGAAUUACUCAGUUAUUGUCGUGCAGCAGAGGAUCAACUACGAGAACGAGAUCAAAAGCAAGUGGAUUUUGAAGAACUUUCAUCUUAUCUUCAACGAUUAACACAAGAUCGUGAACGACUACUUCAUCCUGGUCAACAUCUUGCUGGUGGACCUUCUUUGAAUAUUAGUGAAUUUAUGGCGGAUAAGAUGAGUGAAAUGAAAGGCAACAAUUUAACUCAAACAAGAAGAGAACGAUUGACAAGAUUACAAUUCAAACUGGAAGAGUUAGAAAGAGAUGUAUCACUAGCCAACGAUGCCAACAAUAGCUUCUCAAGUCAGAUGAUUCAAGAAUAUGAUAUAUUCCAAAAAACACGGGUGGUGGAACUGAAACAAGGAUUGGCUGCUUAUGCAGAUUGCCAUGUUGACUUUUAUCAAAAAGGCGUGGAAUUAUGGACAAGUAUAUUACCAACUUUAGAAAGUAUGACUAUGGACAAUGAUUAG